GAUGCGAUGUAGCCAAGUCGAAUAAGUUUAUAUGCCAGUACCUCUCGGCCUCUUCCAAAAUUCACAUCGGCUCCGUUGAGCUGAUUGUGUAUUCGGUUAAAAAUUUGUAGUUUGGUUACUUUUCGGUGCCGAGGGAUUUUCAUUUUUGUUUCAGAAUUGUUGUAUUUAGCGAUACCUUUCUUUCCCCCGAGAAAUUUAUAUCAGCCCGUAUCCAGCCAUGUCUAUGUGGCGCAGCAUUGGAACGAAAACCCAAAAUCGAGUAAUACCCAGCUUUGCGAGCGUGGUCUGCCAUCGCGCCUUCGCAAAGGACCACAAUCCAUCUCCCAAGUGCAGCGACAGUGCUGGAAAGGGUUGCGGAAAUUUCACCGCUUGUGGAGACCCCCGGUUCGCGAAGAAACCACCGCCGAGGAAGGAGGACGGCUUCCAGUUCCAUCAUCUGGUGAAGCAGCCUCCGGAGUGCUGCACCGAUCCCUGCGCGGAACGGUUUCCCCCGUACGACCAAUGCUACUACAAGAUAUCCGACAAGGCCACGCGCAAGUACCAGGUCACCUGGGUGGAGUGUCCGCCCAUAAAGAUAAAGCCCAAGAAGAUCUGCUGUUAUGAGGCGGGAAUUCGGCCGCCGAUCCCACGGCGCAAGCGCAAGGAGUUCGUGGCUUCCGCCGAGUGCCCCACGACUGUCGAAUGCCCCACGGAGGGAGGACCCUGCCCUAAGAUCAAGUUGCCCGGCUGUAAGGCCGUAGGUAGCGUCUCUUGCCACGUCGUCAGACGAAAGACCGACUGCGUCAAGGUCAAGGCCCCGUAUCCUUCCUUCUCCGAGUGCAGUCACGCUGCUCUUCGCAAGCCUCGGGGCAUUGAAUGCAACUGCCUGGACGUUCCAAGCUCCUGUGACCUGAUUCGUGAGCUGAAGAAGUUAGAAGGAAGUCCACGGAAGCCAAACUGUGGGGGCAGUAGGGCUUAAUUCCAUAGUGCUGUUUAAAUCCUAAUCCCAGCGCUCAGUAUCUUGUUCCGUUGACCUAAAUAUUCCAAACCGAUCCAGUUAAAGUAACUUUUCUACCGUGCGUAAAAUUCCAACCAGAAAUAAACCGAAAUAUUAUUUUUAAAUUUCAUUAA